AUGACACAGAUGACUUCUCAAACAUGGUCGUCCAGAGGCACACGACAGCACCAGGAACAACCACAGCAAUCACAGAAAGAGCACACCGAAGACGAGGUUGAAGAUGAACCCUGCACCAAUAUCCAAGUCCGCCGGGCCAUUCGCACCAUGAACGCGGCCUUCGACUGGACCGGCCCGGAUGACCCUGACAACCCACGCAACUUCCCAUUGUCCAUCCGCCUCUUCAGCACCGUCGCCGUCACGGGCCUCGCAACCGUUGCCACGGUCGCUGGAUCCAUGUAUGCGCCGGCCCAAGACGACGUCGCAUCUAAAUUCAACUGUAGUCACGAAUUGGCCGUUGUCCCGCUGUCCAUGUACAACCUCGGCCUGGCAUUUGGCCCGCUAGUCGGCGCUCCGUUGUCUGAGACGUACGGCCGGAAGGCGGUGUUUCUCGUGACCGGUCCCAUCUUUGCUGCCUUCAUGGUCGGAUCAGGAUUCAGCACGUCCUUGACCAGUCUCAUCGCUUGCCGCUUCUUUGCAGGCAUGUUCUCCUCGUCGCUCAUUAACAAUGCACCGGCCACUAUUCUAGACUCCGCAUCUGGAAAGCUACGAGGCGUAAGUCUGAGUGUAUACUACACCAUGCCGUCCUUUGGAGCUGCAUUGGGUCCGUUUGUGGGCGGGUUUAUCGUCCAGGAUGGCGGGUGGCAAUGGACGCAGUGGACAGCUGUGUUCAUGGUUGUUGGCUUUUAUAUCCCCGUGUGUUUUACGCCAGAGACGUACAAGAGGGUGAUUUUGAGAAGACGUGCGAUCCGCCUUGGGCUGGAUACCUCUUCGCAGAGGACGUCGCCUGGUCGAGCCUUCCGGUACUUUGCCACGGUGCUGAUCCAGCGGCCGCUGCAUAUGCUGUUCACGGAACCCAUUGUAACGCUGAUUAGUCUGUACAACGGCUUCCUGUACGGAUUGCUGUACACAUUCGUUAUUGCUGUGCCUUGGAUCUUCCGAGAGUACUACGGGUUCGACAAAACGGGUGAAUCACUGUCGUACUUGGGUUUGAUGGUUGGCACGCUCGUUGCUUCGGCGCCCCUGGUUCUCAUUGAUCUGAAAUACUACCAGAAGCGCUUGGCUCAAUGGCGAGAGAGCCAUCCUCCGGACGACGACGGCGUGGAGGAACCCUUGCCUUCGGAGCACCGGCUCACCGGCGCAAUGAUUGGCAGUCUCCUCUUACCGACCGGCUUGUUCAUAUCAGCGUGGACGGCUCAGUACAAGGUCCAUUGGAUAGUGCCCAUCGUCUUCCAGAGCUGUGUGAUGCUGAGCUCCCUGCUGAUUUAUGCCAGCGCCACCAUGUUUAUGCUCGAUGCCUACGGCCCCAUGUACGCGGCGUCGGCUUCCGGUGCCAUGAUGAUGAGUCGAUAUCUUCUCAGUACUGCAUUCCCAUUGUUUGCUUUGCAAAUGUACAAGGUCCUCGGCGUGGGGUGGGCAACAAGCUUGCUGGGGUUUGUCACGGUAGCUAUGGCUCCAAUUCCGUGGUGUUUCUGGGUGUUUGGUGAGCGAAUUAGAAGACGCAGCAAAUAUGAGACGAGCAUAUAG